AUGAGUAAUAAUACAACAGCAACAACAACAUCAACCUCAACAUCAACAUCAACAUCAUCUAGGUUACCACCAACACAAUCACUUCAAACUCAAGGUUCUUUAUCACAAUUAUUAUCACCAAGUAAUAAACCAAGAAGUAGUUCAAAUUUGUCUGGAUUGGGACCCGAUGAGAAAAUGGAGAAAUUAAAAGAUAUCAGUAGUAAAACUAUUGAUACAAUCAUUUUUAAAAUAUCAGAAAUGAAAAGGGAGAAACAAGUAUCACAAUCAUUUAAAGAUAUUAUGAAAAUCUCUGAAACUUUAAUUGAAAUUGAAAAGAUUUUAGAGGAUAUCAAUAAUUCAACUGAUAAUAGUUCAAAUGGCAGUGGUAGUGGUAAUAAUAGUGCAAAUAAUAGUAGUUUAGAUUUAUCAAAUAACAAUAAUGCUAAUGGUGGUAGUGCAAUCACAGCCAAUACAUCAACUGGUUCUCUUGGUGCUGCUUUAAAUUUACCAAGUUUACCAACACAACAACAACAAUCAUCACCAUCAUUAUCAAACUCUAAUGAUCAAAAUCAAAAAUCAUUACGUCAAUCAGCAUCCUCUUCAUCUUUAUCAGUUAGUGGUGGUGGUGCCACAAUAAAUUUAUCAAAUCUUUCAAAUGGUAAAGAAAGUGUUAAUUCAAAUUUAGAAUCUGAAUUAAUUAAUAUUAUUCAUUCAAAAACAAAUCGUAAAAAAAAUGAAAGAUCAGUUAAAAGUAUUGAAUCAAUGCACCAACUUAUUCAUAAAUGUUUAGAUAAUAUUAAAGCAAAGAUAUUAAUAGUUAAAAAGAAAUUAAUUUUUGAAACCUCUGUGAAUACAGUAUUACUUUAUGGUGAAAUGAUUAGAAAUAUAAGAAAUCAAGUAAACACAUUUAGAACCAUUCAAUUACCUGAUCAUGUUCAAUUAUCAGAUGGUGAGAAAUUAUUAUUAAAAGUUGAAUCUUGUAAUUAUCAUUUAGUUGAUAAUUCAAGAAUUCAACAAAAUGGUUCAUCAUCAACAACAACGACAACAACAACAACGACAACUUCAACUCCAACACAACCAUCAAAUAAUAAUAACAAUAGAAAAAAUACAGCAAUAAAUAAUAACAAUAUGAAUAAUCAUCAAUUUAGUGAAAUUGAAGAUGAAUUUAUAAAAGGUUCAUUAUAUUUAACAAACUUUCAAAUUAUUUUUUAUGGUUAUACAACAAAGAAUGAACCAUAUGUGAAACAUUUUUCAUUACAUACUAUUUCAAAAUUAACUAAAAAUGGUAAAAAGAAACAAGGUGGUGGUGAAUUUUCAUAUAGAUUAAAUUUCAUUUGUAAGGAUUAUAGAAUUCAUAGUAUUUCAUUUGAUAAGAGUAAUUCAAGUUUAAAAGAUGUUAGAGGAUGUAUUGAACAAUAUCAAAGUACAAGUCCAACAACAUUGUUUUGUUAUAAUCUUAGACAAGAGUAUACUAGAUUGGAGUUGGUUGGAUUAGGAUGGACAUUGUAUAGUGCACGUGAUGAAUAUGCACGUAUGGGUGUACCAUCACCAGAUUGGAGAGUAUCAGAUGCAAAUUAUAACUAUUUCAUUUGUGAUAGUUAUCCAGGAUUAAUGGGUGUUCCAGAAUCAAUCACUGAUGAACAAUUGAAAAGUGUUGCACAAUUUCGUAGUAAAGGUAGAAUACCAGUACUCUCCUAUAGACAUUGGUCUAAUAAAUGCUCAAUCACUCGUUGUAGUCAGCCAAUGGUUGGCAUUGGUGGUAAUCGUUCAACUGAGGAUGAAAAUUUAUUAAAUUCAAUUCGUAUGACAAGUACUGCUGGUAGUGGUAGUAGUGGAGGUAGCGGAGGUAGCGGUAGUGGUAGUAAUAAAGAAAAUAAUAGUUCAGAUAGAACAUUGUAUAUAUUAGAUUGUAGACCAUAUGCAAAUGCAGUUGGUAAUCGUGCAAAAGGUGCAGGAUGGGAGAUAUUAAAUAAUUAUCCAGGUUGUACAUUAGAGUUUUUAAAUAUUGCAAAUAUUCAUUCAAUGAGACAUUCCCUUUGGAAGAUUAAAGAUGCAGCAGUAUCAUCCAUUGAUAAGGAAGAUGGCUGGUUCAAUCAAUUGGAAUCUAGUGGUUGGUUUGGUCAUAUUAAAUUGGUGAUUCAAGGUGCAACUAGAUUGGCAAAACUAAUUCAUUUACAACAUCACAAUGUAUUGGUACAUUGUAGUGAUGGAUGGGAUAGAACAUCACAAUUGGUCUCAUUGGCUGAACUUUUGCUAGACCCAUACUUUAGAACCAUUAGAGGCUUUCAAAUCCUAAUUGAAAAGGAGUGGCUUAGUUUCGGUCAUAAAUUCGCUCAACGUUGUGGUCAAGUUCAUGGUAAAGACGAGAGUGAGCAAUCACCCAUACUCUACCAAUUCAUUGAGGCAUGCUACCAAAUCAUUCAUCAAUUUCCAAGCAAAUUCGAAUUUAAUGCAAACUUUUUGAAAACUAUACUUUAUCAUUCCUACAGUGGCAAAUAUGGUAACUUUUUAUUCAACACAGAGAAAGAGAGAGUGCAAAACCAUAUCUAUGGCAAAACCAUCAGUCUUUGGGCAGAGAUGGACGGCAAUCUAAAAGAGUACAUCAACCCUCUCUAUCAGCCAACCGGCAUAAAGGAGCGUGAUGUCAUCUUUCCUGAUUGCUCCAUAAAGAGAUUCAAGGUUUGGAAACAGUUAUACUUUAAUCAAUCAGAUCUCGAAAUUUUCGAUCCAGAAGAGAAAAUACUUCAUCAGGUUUUACAUCAACAAAUUCAAGAUAGAAUUGACUCUUUGAAAGAGUUAUUCCCUUUGAAACCACGUCGUUCUCAUACUGCUUCUUUAUCUUUCCAAUCAUCUCCAAUUAGAUCCUCCUCAACUAUCUCUUUAUCCUAUAAUCAUCUUCAAGGUAAUAAUUCAAUCCCUACUAAAACUAUCAUCGAAUUGGAUAAUAACUUAAUCGAUGAAGAUAAUAAAUCCAAGAAAAAAGAUGAAAAAAAAUCUUCCUCAAGAUUUUUUGGUAAAAGUAAAAAAUAA